AUGGUUUAUGAUGAUUUUAAUGAAUUUAUUAUUUCUGAAGGAGAAGAAGAAGCAUUUAAUUGGUUUGAAGAAUAAAAGCAAAAAAUACACUAAAAAUUAAUCUAAAAUGUCCGUUAAGUUUUAAUAUAGGAAGAUUAAAGUGUUAUUUCUUUUAUGUAUGACUUAAUAAAAUUAAUCAUAAAUACAUUAUAGUUUACUUUUUCUCCUAAUAUGACUAAUUAUAGUCUUUUUAAAUACAGUAUGAAAUCCAUUUUGCGUUUAUAUAAAUUCUUACAUGAAGAAGACUACAACCAAAAACUUAAUAUACCCGAAACUGAAAAUAAUGAAGAAGAAAAUUAUCAAAAUAAUCAAUUAAAAACUUAGUUUUCACACGAAUAAAUAGAAUUGGAAAAUAAUAAUAUUACAGUUCAUAAAUUAACUUAUAAUUUAUUAAAUAUAAAAGGAUAAAAACUAAAAAUUGAAUUAAAUACUAUUUUUGAUAUUCUUAUUUAAAAUACUAGAAGUCUUAUUUAAAUUUUCUUAGAUUAAAAUGAAUCUAAUUCUAAAAAAAGCUGGUUGGAUUUAUUAAAUAUUCUAUAAUUAAAUAUUAAUUAAUCGUAUUAAGUAUAUGCUUAAAAUAAAUUUAAUUAAAUAAUGUAAAAAACAAACAAAAAAUAAAAUUAAUUUUAAAUUUGA